CCCUCCUAAAUUUUGUUAUUUGGACGGCCAUGUAUAUAUCCCUUAUUAUUGGCGCCUUUUUGUUAUGAGGUUAUUACACAAUGGGCGAUCAAGAGAUCAACGUGAUGCUAAAAAAAACAAAUUCUAAAAGAAAUGGUAAACGAUAUUCAAAGUCAUCCGUAUGGUCGUCAACAGAUAGAAGGCGACUUGAAAAUUGUAAUGGUAAAAAAAACAAAAUCCUAAAAGAGAUCCUACACACAAUAUUCAAAUCAUCAACAAUGAUAGAAGGCGACUUGAAAAUUGUAAUGGUAAAAAAACAAAUCCUAAAAGAGAUCCUACACAAUAUUCAAAUCAUCAACAUGAUAGAAGGCGACUUGAAAAUUAUAAUAUGGAUGCUCUGAUAAAUUUUUUAAAAGUCAGCAAGACAGCCAUGUCAGGCUGUUGGAGUACCAGGCCCGCCUCCUUAUGGAAUGUAUGAG